AUGGCACGGGCAGCCAUUGCCUUGAGCCGUCGGGUUGAGGACUUUUCCCGGAAAAGUUGUCGAGCGUUUCCACUUGAGGAGCUGUACCGAUUGGGCCGUGGAACUGGGCAGGAUCGUUUGCAUCUCGCCCGCCUCAUUCAUCAGGAGGUUGCCAUCCGAAAUGCACAGUUGUGUAAGGAGCUUCUGCUCCUUCCUUUCGGUCUUGCGCAGACAGAGGGUGUCGGCCGUGUUGUUGAGUGCUUCAGCAGCUACGUGGAUUGGCUGUCAGCUUUUCCCGUCCCCCAGGAACCCAAGCAUGAUGAAGAUUUCACGCAGUUGUUGGAACAGAUUCUCCAGGACAAUGCAGAUGUCACCCGAUCUCUUGGGACAGCCGUUCAUGAAGUGAAGACGGCCCUGGGCAGUGCCUAUGAAGAAGUACGUCCUGAAGUAGACUUGAUCAUGGACCGAUUCUUCAUCAAGCGCAUCGGGCUUCGCUUCUUGAUACAGCACCACAUCGAGGCAGCGCAGGUGGUUCCUGGAGCUUCGGGCAUCAUCCGCAGUGACGUCGGCGUAGGCGAGAUCCUCCGCAGUGCUGCGACUGAAGCGCGCAAGAGCGUCGAGGAUGAACUGGGCAUCUCACCAGAUGUGGAGGUCUUUGGUGAUGGAGCUGAGAUCCCCAUCACCCAGUCGACUCAUGCAAGUACCUAUGCGACAGGCCGAGGGUUGGGAAGCAGCCCGAACUUAGUGCACAACCGGCACUUUACGCAUGUGCCGAGCCACGUGCGCUUCAUAUGCUUCGAGCUGUUACGUAAUGCCUGCCGUGCGGUAGCUUCAAAUUGGCAGCGCAGACAGUUGCAAGAACAGCAAGAACUCCUGAUAUCCGUGGCAGAUGCUGCCUUCAAAGCAGGAGAUGGGGAUAACUUGCCAUCUUACCAAUCCGUACCUCUUGGACGAGCCGCAGUAGCAACUCUCCCGUUCGCGGUGCCAUCAGGAAUGUGGAAGACAAACCAUGGAGAACGACCGGCGCCGGUCCGCGCAAUUUUCGCCUACGGGAGAGAUGAGGUGUCCAUCAAGGUCUCAGAUGAAGGUGGUGGACUUCCCAGGAGCGAAGUGCAAACCGCGUGGAGCUACUACACCUCUGGAACACAUUCCCACUCUGCUCGGCCUCGACAUGCGCAGGUUGACUUUCACGAGCCAAGAGAGCUUUUGCAGACUGCUGGAGUUGGCUUGCCGCUGGCCAGACUGCAUGCGCGGUACUACGGAGGUGACGUGGUAUUGAAAUCGAUGGAGGGAUUUGGAACUGAUGUCUACGUUUUCUUACACAGGCUCGGGCAGUGCUGCGAGAACUUGCCGCAGGGCGUUCGGAUCAGUCCAGCACAGCAAGAUUCCUCAGUUGGAGGGGAGGCUUCUAUUCGACUCUUAGAGGCCUUGGGCGACAUGAGUGAGGCAGACGUCGCCUUCCUGACCCGGCGUCUACAUGAAAGGCGCUUGAGGAUGCAGGACAGCCAAAGUGCUGCAGAAGAUUCGUAG